AUGCUGCAACUACCCCAUCCAAUGACAACCAAGAAUUCCUUCCUAGGUGGCGUGAUGAGCGUUGGCUUGUUCACUGAGAUCUUCAAGACGGAGCGUUUUGCUGACCUUCAGAAUAGGCACUCACAAUGGCUGCAACUUCUCUCGCUGCUUGUGCUUCAGGCAGGCGAGGCUCGGCAUUCUGGGCUGCAGACGCUGACGGCUGUGACUAACUUGGCCCUGCUGUCUGAGUGUCAACCUUUUGACGGUGUCUUCUCUGGUGACAAAGAAACUCGAAUGCCAUGUGCUUUUAUGGCCAAACGGUGGGCCGAUGAGAGUUGGGCUUAG